CUCACUUCUGAUUUACCUGCAAACUUUGAUCAUUCUCGUGUCUGAAGACAAAUCUACAUGAUUGUUAAUGACAACAUUUUUAUUGGUUUUAUUAUUGAUCAGAAACACCGUGAUGAUCAGCCGAUGAUUAGUUUUCUACAUCGAUCAAACUUUGGUGUUUUUAUUUCCUGGAAUGAAGCUGUCGUCUCCAGCAUUAAAGUCAGACUGCUGUUUCCUGUGGAGCCUUUCAAAAUAAAGCGUGGUUCCUGGAGGAAGUUGUUUGCUGCUUGUAUGAAGGUGUGUGUGUGAGCUGAUGUGGACGUGAAUUCAGCAGAAUGGACCAGUGUGAGGACGGAGAGGACGGAGUCCCUCCCUCUAAAACCUCUCUGUGUGGGGAACAUGAGAGUCGGAGCAAAGCUCAGAGGAAUCAACCUGGACCUGGACCCAGUUGUGUGUCCUUGAAGAGCGACCAGUCAAAGGAAGAGGUUAUUUACUUCAAAGGAGACCAACGUUCUGCUGUAAAGACGGUCCAUCAGAAAAGAGACUCUCUGGAACAUGAACCCAGCUGUUUGUCCUUGAAGAGCGACCACUCAAAUCACAGACUUAUCACCUUUAAAGGAGACCAACAUUCUUCUUCAGAGAGAGUGGACCAGCAGAUCUCAGAGUCUCCCAGCGGUCCGUCUGUCCAGCAGCAUCAGACCCAGCUGGACUCCAUCUUUCAGCUGCUGGAGGACGACAUUGUCAUGUUUGUGAAGGACGAGCUGAAGAAGAUCCAGAAGGUUCUGAGUCCAGAUUACCCAGAAUCCUUAGAGAGUGUGGAGGAGGAUGAAGAUGAAGAGCAGAAGAGCAUCAGAGAGACAUUCAUGAAGAUCACAGUGAAGUUCUUGAGGAGGAGGAAGCAGGAGAAGCUGGCCGACCUCCUGCAGAGCAAGACCGUCGCUGCCCUUUGUCAAUCCAAACUCAGAUGUCAGCUGCAGAAGAAGCACCAGCAUGUGUCUGAGGGGAUCACUAAAGCAGGAAACCCAACCCUUCUGGAGCAGAUCUACACGGAGCUCUACAUCACAGAGGGAGGGACCGGAGAGGUCAAUGGUGAACAUGAAGUCAGACAGAUUGAAGCAGCUUCCAGGAACCCAGACGGAGCAGAAACAGCCGUCAGACAGGAAGACAUCUUUAAACCCCCACCUGGAAGAGGAGGACCAAUCAGAACGGUGAUGACAAAGGGAGUGGCCGGCAUCGGGAAAACAGUCCUAACACAGAAGUUCAGUCUGGACUGGGCUGAAGGCAGAACCAACCAGGACAUCCAGUUCCUGCUUCCAUUCACCUUCAGAGAGCUGAAUGUGCUGAGAGAGGAGAAGUUCAGCUUGGUGGAACUAGUUCAUCGAUUCUUCUCUAAAACCAGAAAAAUCUGCAGCUUUGAAGAGUUCCAGGUCGUGUUCAUCUUUGACGGUCUGGAUGAGAGUCGACUUCCUCUGGACUUCCACAACUCUACAAUCGUCAGUGACCCCAGAAGCUCCACCUCAGUGGACGUGCUGCUGACAAACCUCAUCAGGGGGAACCUGCUUCCUUCUGCUCGUCUCUGGAUCACGACACGACCAGCAGCAGCCAAUCAGAUCCCUCCUGAAUGUGUCUCCAUGGUGACAGAAGUCAGAGGGUUCACUGACCCACAGAAGGAGGAAUACUUCAGGAAGAGGAUCAGAGAAGAGGAGCAGACCAGCAGGAUCAUCUCCCACAUCAAGACCUCACGGAGCAUCCACAUCAUGUGUCACAUCCCAGUCUUCUGCUGGAUCACUGCUACAGUCCUGGAGAAAGUCCUGGAGAACGUCCUGGAAACCAGAGAGGGAGGGGAGCUGCCCAAAACCAUGACUGAGAUGUACAUCCACUUCCUGGUGGUCCAGGCCAAACUGAAGAAGGUCAAGUAUGACGGAGGAGCUGAGACGGAUCCACACUGGAGUCCAGAGAGCAGGAGGAUGGUGGAGUCUCUGGGAAAACUGGCUUUUGGGCAGCUGCAGAAACCUGAAGGAAACCUGAUCUUCUAUGAAUCAGACCUGAGAGAGUGUGGCAUCGAUCUCAGAGAGGCUUCAGUGUACUCAGGAGUGUUCACCCAGAUCUUUAGAGAGGAGAGCAGCCUGUACCAGGACCAGGUCUUCUGCUUCAUCCACCUGAGUGUCCAGGAGUUUCUGGCUGCUCUUCAUGUCCAUCAGACCUUCAUCAAGUCAGGAGUCAACCUGCUGGAGGAAAAAAAGAACACCUACAGGUGGUUUAAAACAAGAGCAGAGACUCAGCUCUAUCAGAGUGCUGUGGACAAGGCCUUACAGAGUCCCAAUGGACACCUGGACUUAUUCCUGCGCUUCCUCCUCGGUCUCAAACUGGAGACCAAUCAGACUCUCCUACGAGGUCUGUUGGAACCAAAACAAAGAAGAUUACAGAACAAUCAGGAAACAGUUAAAUACAUCAAGAAGAAGAUCGGUAAGGGUCUGUCUGCAGAGAGAAGCAUCAACCUGUUCCACUGUCUGAAUGAACUGAACGAUGGUUCUCUGGUGGAGGAGGUCCAACAGUCCCUGAGGUCUGGAAGUCUCUCCAGAGAUAAACUGUCUCCUGCUCAGUGGUCGGCUCUGGGCUUCAUCUUACUGUCAUCAGAAGAAGAUCUGGAGGUGUUUGACCUGAAGAAGUUCUCAGCUUCAGAGGAGGUUCUACGGAGGCUGCUGCCGGUGGUCAAAGCCUCCAAGAAAGUUCUGCUGAGUGGCUGUCACCUCUCAGGGAACAUCUGUCCACUUCUGUCCUCAGUUCUCAGCUCUCAGUCCUCCAGUUUGACAGAACUGGACCUGAGUAACAACGACCUGCAGGAUUCUGGACUGGAGCAGCUGUGUGCUGGACUGGAGAGUCCACACUGUCACCUGGAGUGUCUCAGGCUGUCAGGCUGUCUGAUCUCAGAGGAAGGAAGUUCUUCUCUGGUCUCAGCUCUGACCUCCAACCCCUCCCACCUGAGAGAACUGGACCUGAGCUACAACCAUCCAGGGGAGUCAGCAGGGAAGCUUCUGUCUAGACUGGAGGAUCCCCGCUGGAGGCUGGACACUCUCAGGGUGGAGCCUGCUGGACAACGAUUUCUGACACCAGGUCUGAGGAAGUAUUCCUGUCAACUCACCGUCGACACAAACACAGUCCACAAACGUAUCAAACUGUCUGACAACAACAGGAAGAUGACACGUGUGGGGGAGAAUCAGUCAUAUCCUGAUCAUCCAGACAGGUUUGAUUACUGGGAGCAGCUGCUGUGUAGAGAAGUUCUGACGGGUCGCUGUUACUGGGAGGUCCAGUGGAGCGGAGCUGUUUCUGUAUCAGUGAGUUACAGAAGAAUCAGCAGGAGAGGAGGCUCUGGUGACUGUAGGUUUGGAAGAAACGAUCAUUCCUGGAGUCUGGACUGUUAUUCAGGUGAUCAGUACCAUGUCUGGCACAAUAACAGAGAAACAACCACCACCUCCUCAUCUCCAUGUCCACGCUCUGGCAGAGCAGCAGUUUACGUGGACGUUCCUGCUGGAACUCUGUCCUUCUAUGAAGUCGUCUCUGACAGACUGAUCCACCUCCACACCUUCAACACCAGCUUCACUGAACCUCUCUGUGCUGGAUUUGGACUCUACUGGUACAUGUCUGUGUCUGGGUCCAGGUCUGUUUCCUCAGUGUCUCUGUGUCCAGUUUAGUCUCCAGAGUCUCCGGUCAGAGAAACUGUCUCUGUUGGAUCCUGGACUUGGACUCUGGUUCUGGUUCCUCAGUGUCUCCAUGAUGAUUAUGAUGAUGAUGAUGAAGAUGAUGAUGAUGAUGAUGAUGAUGAUGAUGAUGAUGAUGAUGAUGAUGAUGAAGGAGAUAAUCACCAUUUAUCUUUAGUUUUUUGGUUUAUUGUAUUUUUAUUUGAUCUUUUUCACAUUUAAACAUUAAAUAAUUUACUGGACUGUUGAUAUUUGAUCAUAAAUUAGAUUUUUAUCUCAUUAUUUUUUUUUAUUUAUUCUUAAUUCUGUCUAAAUGUUUUCAUGUUUGACUUCACGUUUAGAUUAUUAAAGUCGUGCUUCUUCCCGGAAACAAAGUUUGAGCUUCAAAUCUAAACAUUUCCAUUUUACAUUCAACUUUUCCAGUUUGUAUAAUAUUUGAUUGAUUUAUCUGAUUUUUUUAAUUUGAUUCCUUCAGUUUUCAAAGUUGUUGAUGUAAAAAUGAAGUGAGAAGAUGGAAAUAUUCAUGUAACAUCCAACAUGUAAAAACACCAGCAACAUGUUUAAAAGUAUUCAAGUACUCUUGAAACCAGUUUUUUAAGGAAAGGUGUAUUUACUGCAACUUUAAAAACAUGAGGUACAUAUCCUAAGUUUAGGGAUAAGUUGAUCUGGUCCAGUAUUGUCGUACCAAAAAGAGAAAAAAAUAUGUCCACAUUUCUGUGCAAAACAUGUUUAGAUAAAUGUAAAUGACCUUUUAUGUUGCAUGUGCUUGGCAAACAUCAGAAUGUAACAUGUUUCCUGCUGGGUAUUGAUCUGCUGCCAAAGGUCUGAAUAAAACAAUCUGAACAGAAAAAGUUUCAUUUCUGUAACAACAAAGAUAAAAAUGUCACAUCUUAUCUGCCUAAAGUGUCUCCCAGACAAACUAAUGAGAAGAAAGGAC